UGAAGAAGACUAGACUCCGUAUCCCACAGGCAUGGCUCAUCAGAGCUCGGGUCAAGAAGUGGACAAUGAGCAGAGCUCCUGCCGGGGGGCAGUCACCUGUAACCUGACGCCCGGCCCGGCCGGGUGAGGCUGCAGUAGGAAGGAGGGGAGGGGGGCGGCCGCUGCAGACGCAGACAGAGCACCCCGCCGCGGCUUCAGGAGACAGGGCAGCGGCCGGGGAGUCCUGGAGAGAAAAGAGCUGGGCAGGGGCUUCACAGGGCUGGUCCUGUGAGGCGCGGCGGGUCGGAGGAUGAGCGCGUUACAGCAGAAGGACAGGACCUAUGUUUAUGUGUGGACCUGCAGCCAGUUUCAGCAGGAGCAGCUGGAAUGGGAGGCAGUGAACCGGAUACUCCAGCACCACGGGUUCAAGCCCAUUCACUUCGCAGACCCCAUGGAAAACAAGAACCUAUCAGAUCUGGUUCUGUUGGAGAAAAGGUCUGCUUCCGAAGUGAGGCUGGCUCUGAAGACACUGUUAAAGGACACCGAGAGGAGACAGGCCUUGAUCCAGGAGCUGAUUCAGACUAACAAUCAGCUGAAACGGACAGCCAAGCCACAUUCCCAGCUUGACCAGCAAAUACUGGAUGUUAUUGACGUCUAUGAAGCUCAGAUUCAAGAGCUGCGUACAGAACUAAGGACGUGGAGAGGAGAUGCUGAUGUAACUGACCAAAAUGGACCAGCAGGGAGCAGGACAAAAGAAGAAAGAAAUCGCACGAUAGAUGCAACUCUCAAUUACAAGGCACUUCUUAAGUCCUAUCAGGAACAGCUGAAGGAGACCAAAGCCCAGAAGGAAGAACUGAGAGAGAAAAUCCAGACCCUGAAGCAGGAACUGGAGUCAAGGCCAACAGCGAAGGAGCUCAAGUCUUGCAAACAGCAGCUGAAACGGAUGGACAGAAUUAUCCAGCAAACCAACGUCAAGUCAGCUCAGCUCUGCUCUGCUGAAGAGAACGGCAAAGACAAGGACAGUACAGACGUGGAGCAUAUAGACAGCUUGCAGGCCAGCCUCUGCCGGUGGUAUCUAAAGGGCGCCUGCAAGGAACUGGAAGUCCAGGAUUUGAACGACCUGAUUCCAGCAGCGAAAUUAAGAGCUAAGCAAGCAGCGUCCGUCCCCAAGCUGACGAAGGUCCUCGAUGCCCUCAAGGCGGUGAUGAGUAACCCAAGGGCUCCAGUGCUGCUGCACAGGCAAAGGCCGAGCCGCCUGCUGCCCCCAGACAGCCCGGAGGAAGUGGGGCUCGAGCUCAUCGUCCCCACCAUAGACAUGUGGGCCAAUCAGCUCAUGUCUUUGAAGGAUUUGCACUGCGCCCUCAGGAAGCUCUUGCUCAGGGUGGCGCCCUGGCAGUCGGCGGGCACGCAGGGCGCCAGCGAGACGGUGCGAGUGGAGGAGCUGCUGCUGAUGGCGGACGUCAUGCUGGAGGAGACGGCGAAGAGCGAGAAGGAAAUGAGGAGCCCCACGAGAAACACCCUGCACGCCAUGGUGACACACUUCCAGCAGCUGUUCGACGUGAACUCCAUCGCCGGGGUCUACCCGCGCAUGAACGAGGUCUACAGCCGGCUGGGGGAGAUGACCAACGCCAUGAGGAACCUGCGGGAGAUCCUGGGACUGGAUGAGGGCGCUCCCCCCAGCGCGCUGGUGAACAAGGUGGGGUGGCUGUGUGCGUCACUCAGUCAAGACACCAGCCAGCAACUUGCUGGGCUGCUGGGCGCCAGCGACAUCGACAGUAUUAUCACCAAAUUGGAGGAACAUGAGGAGUUUUUCCCAGAAUUCCACUCCCUUGUGCUGGAGCUGCUCCACAUUCUAGAUGUCAGGCACCUGGAUGAGAUCGUACCAGCAGUACGCUCACUACAAAUGACAAAUGAAUAAAGCCUAAUAACACUAAUGUUUUGUGUGAAUAGUUUAAGGUGUUUUAAUAUAUAUUUCUGAUUGAAUACCAUGCAUUUGCAAAAUAAAGAAGUUUUCUAAA